CGUCUUUUCACUGGUCGCGGAAACGUGUUUUUUGAGAUUGGUAGGUUUGUUUUUGUCAGGCGUCAUCGUCAUUAUUUCUGCUGGAGUCUUUUAAGUUUAAAUUGCAAAAUCCAAACGAUAAUUACGUUGUUUUCAGUAAGGCAUAUCCUUAUAUUGCUUUGCUUUGUGGCAAUAUAAUAUGUCAGUGAGAGACUUGGAUUUUGGCCUCAAAUCCGUAUUGGUGAAAUCCUGACUAUUUUGUCUAUAGUGAAGACAGAAUGGAGAGUCAAAAAAGAGGACGGGGAGGGAGAAGGGGAAGACAUGGUCAUCGAGGCGGGGAGGACCGGGAUGUGCGUCUUUCUAAGUCAAUGUCCUUCGCUCUGCGCCAUGGAGCUGCCCAGAUGGGGUUGGAUAUGAGCUCUGACGGCUUCCUGUUUGUGGAAGAUCUUCUGUCCCACCAUCAGUUCCGCUCCUUCUCAUUGGAAGAUGUAGAGAGAGUUGUGGCGAACAAUGACAAGCAGCGAUUCAAGCUCCGCCCACAUCCUGAAGAUGGGAGGCUACAGAUCCGUGCUAAUCAAGGGCACACUGUGCAGGUAGCAGAGCUGGAGCUGAGGGCUAUUCAGCUCGAUGACCCAGAAUGUCCUCAGGAAGCAGUGCACGGCACCUACCUCCAGAACUGGCCGUCCAUACGCUCUCAGGGCCUGAGGAGAAUGAAGCGCACGCACAUUCACCUGGCCCCUGGGCUGCCGGGGGACGGAGGGGUGAUCAGCGGCAUGAGGAUGAACUGUGACCUGGUUAUUUACAUUGACGUUCGCAAAGCACUGACUGAUGGGAUUCCAUUCUACUGGUCAGAGAACAGGGUGGUGUUGACUCCUGGAGAUUCAGGCGGGGCACUAGCUCCCAAGUACUUUACCCGUGCUGUCAAGAUGAAACCAUCACGUGAGGCUCCUACUGAUCAAUUGUAACAAACACCUACAUGUAUAACAUUGCAGACAUUGUUGCAGAAUCGACGAUAACGUGUCCACUGCUUCCUGUUUGCAGGAUGUGAACUUCCACUGGAAUAGAGCAGCGGUUGCGACUGAAUGCCCCUGAGUGUUGCAGCCUCACUUGUGAGAGCGGCGAAUGAAAAUGGGCAUAUUUCUUCCAGAAAUUCGUAGCGCGGGAGGGAAACGAUAUGACACUAGAGCAGAGGACGUUUCACAAAGGGUGACCCGAAAGGGACUGUGAAGCAGCCUGUCUAUAUUAGGCUGUGUGUGCUACUGUAGAGGGUGCCUGUGGUUUCCUGUGCAGUUGCGCAGAAUAGCAUUAAGAAAGAGGCUCACAUUUGUGCUGUGCCUCAGUUAUACGUAUAAAUCCACUGUGUCUGGUAGCCAUUUUGCAUUUAUUUCUAUUUCUUAUUUAACAGGUUCAGCAACAUGCUGACACACAAAUGCUGCCUUCUUUGAGAGAGCUCAACCUCUAUAAAUUAUUCAGGUACUUUAUUAAACUUUGUUACUUUUGAGAAUAUAAUUCUGCAUAUCAGCUUGAUAUGAAACAUAUCAUCCAUGAACCCUGCUUUAUUAAAUUUUUUGUAAGUAUGACAAUUUUACUUUUCCAUUUCCCCAAAUUUGGAAUGAACAGUCUGUCCCAUCACUGCAACAUCUCCUGUCACAGGUGCACACCAGUAAACGCGUCCAUAAAAAUGUACGCAGCACCAUGCUUUGUUCAUAUUCAUACAGUGUUUCAUAUUUGUACAUUCAUAAAGUACAAUCCACAAGCUGAUUAAUGCUGGUGUGCACAGCUGGUACUGCUGUAGCAACAAGAGUUGCUAUUGCAUGAAAUACUGCUGACUGAAACCAUAAUUUUAGCUCUGUCUAGCAGCACGUUUAAACAGCCUGUUACACUGAGCCUUUUCUCUCGUCAGCCUUUGACAGGGUGUUCAUGAUGACGCGAUAGCAAUACAAGAAAUUGUUGUAUCUAAUCGGAUAUACAGCAAGCGAUUCUUACUCAAUGCUAAUACACCUGUAGUGGUCAAUUGGCAAUGAGUAGUACACACACACUUGGUUAUCUGAGCCUUUUCUGUUGUAAGAACUACAUGAAAUUAAAUGUAUUAAAUGAAAUACUUCUGUACCACA